AUGGAGGUGAGCUUCGACAUUCAAGGUGACGUGUACUCGAUGAGGUGUCCCAAUAUGGAGCUAACCCCACAGAGCGUCAUGAAGAAAUGGGAGGACUUAGGCGUGCCAUACGCAUCGCGCAUCCGCUUCUUGGCUCCUUCCGAGCAUGGUUACAGGACCCUGAAUGCAAGGGCGGAUGCCCUGCCCGUCGUGCCUGUGGUGGUCAAGCUCGAGGGGCCUGGAAGCGUCCUCACGGCCCUGGCAGUCGCGCUGAAACGUCGAGGCUCCGCUGCGGGCCGUGGCACCGGCCGCGGAGCACAAAGCGGGCCUGCCCUCCACGGCGCUGCCCAAAACGCCACAAAGCCGGCGCCGACGACCAAGAAGGUAGGGCUCGGCCCAGUGCAGCGUUCCGUCUUCCGGCAGUACCAGGCCGACAUGCACCGGAAGAUUGCAGAGGCUGAGAUCUUGAUGCUGCGGUUCGCAGCAUUGGUUGUUUGGUUGCGCUGUGGCCUGAGCUGGUCAGAGCGCGGCGUGCAGACGGUGCUUCAGGAGAUCCAUGCGCACAACGCUUUGAAGCAGAAUGAGACCCGCACCAGAACCUGUGAGAGCGAGACUUUGCCACAACAGAUCCCAGCUCUGAACUAUGGUGCCAAGCCGACAAAGGCGCUAUCCACCGCAUGCUGGCAGAAGUGUGCGGCGGAAGAGAUCGCGGGAAAGAACCUCCAUGAAUCGGCUGUGAGGGCAAUUGCAGGUUUUGCCCAGGACGAUGGAAUCGUGAAAGCCGUGAUCUACGGUACCUUGUAUGCCACUGGUGCACUGCCCAAUUGGGACGUACAUGAUAUUUGCUCGAGCACGUUCGACCUCAUCCAAAUGAAGUGUCCGAGAGGUUUCUUUAAGAGCGCCUGUGUGGCGGAGUUUAAUGGUGACUACUUCACAAAGAGCAACCCGAAAUGUUUGCGUGCAUAUGAUGCCCUCGGCCAGAACAACGGGGAGUAUCGAUGUGCCUUUGCGGCUUGGUGGGACUCCUGCUGCAGUACCAGAGAUCACCAGCACGAUGAUGAAUGCGCACAGUGCGGCCAGGACCAGUAUUUUUGCUCCUGA